UAAUGCGAUUAAAAGUAGUUUGAAUUUGUUAUAUACAGUGAUGGACAGUCAUGCUAAACGCCUCUAAAUGAAACAAAAGGGCUGUGAAGAUCUGAUUAUUAAUUUGCUUUUUUUUUGUUUUUUAGACAAGCAUGAUAGAUUCGCAAUAAGGCAAAGGUGUCGUUUCUCAGAAACCCACAUUUUAAGGCUGAAUAUAAUACAGCCACACAAUAUAAUAAGACUUGCCACACAACUGAAAACUGUUAUUUAGAUAUUUUGCCGCAACCACAGCCCAGACCCCGCUGCUAAAUAAGUAUUUUUUUUUUCCAUAUAUUUUAGUAACAAACAUUGCCAGCUGUUACAAUGUCGAGCAUUCCCAACGAAGCAGUUGUCUUGAUAAAAGAAGUUAAACCCGGGCUGAAAAAUUUAAAUAUCGUCUUUAUUGUACUGGAGACAGGUAGAGUUACCAAAACUAAAGAUGGGCACGAGGUGCGGUCGUGUAAAGUGGCAGACAAGAGUGGCAGCAUCACGAUAUCAGUGUGGGAUGAGCUGGGGACACUGAUCCAGCCUGGGGACAUCAUUCGUCUCACCAGAGGUUACGCCUCCAUGUGGAAAGGCUGCUUAACGUUGUACACGGGACGAGGGGGAGACCUGCAGAAGAUCGGGGAGUUUUGCAUGGUGUACUCUGAGAUCCCCAACUUCAGUGAACCCAACCCAGACUUCCUGUCUCAGGUGUCCUUGCAGAACAAGAGUGCCAAAGGUGAGCAAAGGAGCAACUCCCCCACAAACAGCUCAAAUACAGGGAAUGGCUCUCAGCAGUCAUACUCCACGAUGGGUGCGACCCCUGCCAACAGCCACCCACAGCACCCAGCACCAUCCUAUGGGUGGCCUGGCAGAACCAAUGGGCGUGGGCAGGGCAAUGGCAACGGUAACCAGCAGACAGCAGGGGGCAACCCUCCUGCGCACCCGCAGCCCUCCACCACCAUCAGCAAUGGCAGAGACCCACGCAGGACCAAAAGAUAACCACCCCCCUCCCUCCUCUCCUGCUAGAGGAGACAGUGAUGACAGCCACCUCACUGAACUAACUGUUCACCCUACUUGAACACUAAAUGCACUUUUCAUUUUAAAUCAUGGAACUGUGUAAAGUUUUGUGUUGCAAA